UUGAAAUAGAGAACACGGCGUAUCUUUACAUGAAUGUAAGGUGGAGAAGACGAGACACUGAAGAGACGGAGAGUUCUGAAAAUGCAGACCCUUACGCCAUCAGCUAUCGUCUUCAAGACACAUUUGCAGCCUUCAUGUCCCAAGCCUCUUAGAUUUUACCACGUCUCUUCUUUAUCUCCUUCAAUUCCUGAUUCGCGGAGGAAGAACCCAUUACAGUCUUCCAGGAAUCCCUGUACCGUAUUUCCGAGAUUUUCAAGCCAAUGGACUCGACAUAAGAACUUGGGCGACCAGUGGUUAGGAAACUUCCAAACAUCUUCGUCCAAUGCAGGCUGCACUGAGUCCAAAUUUCCUGAUGGUAGAAGUUGCAACGGAACAUCUAAGUUGAUGCAAUUUCAAGAUGAUUUUGUGGUUUUGGGCAAAUCUCCUGUAGAAAUUACUUCAACAAGUGAAGAUUGCAUGCCUACAUCAUCUUUUAAGCAUGCACUCCCAAUUUCUGAUUCAUUCUUUCAUGGUUCACUGAAGUUUGCACUGCUGCUUGGCUUGUUCACAUUUCAAGGAUCUGAAACAGCAGUAGCUGCUUUGGAAAUUGCUAGUGGGUUGCAGUCAGUUCCUUUUCUUGGAGAUCUUGGCGAUAUUAGCACAGGUUUUACUUCAGCAUUCCUGCUGAUCUUCUUCUCUGAACUAGGAGACAAGACCUUUUUUAUUGCGGCACUUUUAGCAGCUAGAAGUUCUGGGGCCAUCGUUUUCAUUGGAACUUAUGGUGCACUUGUGGCAAUGACUAUUAUAUCUGUUGUUCUUGGACGGACAUUUCAUUAUGUUGAUGGUAUCCUUCCAUUCAGAUUUGGUGAGACUGAUCUGCCAAUUGAUGAUAUUGCUGCCGUUUGCCUUUUGGCUUAUUUUGGAAUUACCACCUUGCUGGAUACUGCCUCAGAUGAUGGUUUGAAAGCAGACGAAGAACAAAAGGAGGCAGAGAUAGCAGUUUCCAGAUUUUCAGGAAAUGGUGCUGGAAUGGUUGCUGCUGCUAAUACUAUAAUUAGCACUUUUGCACUGGUUUUUAUUGCUGAGUGGGGUGACAAAUCAUUUUUUUCAACAGUAGCACUUGCCGCAGCUUCCUCACCCUUAGGAGUCAUUGCAGGAUCAUUAGCGGGUCAUGCAAUUGCAACUUUGAUUGCUGUUCUGGGAGGAGCUUUGCUGGGGACAUUCUUAUCAGAGAAGGUUGUUGCCUACGCAGGAGGUAUUCUUUUUCUAGUUUUUGCUGCGGUGACAUUGGUUGAAAUAGUAAGUUAAGAGUUUAGAGUUUGCCAACAAUUUUUGUUUCAUCGUAGGCAACAUAUGUUUGUUUUGUUUUGGUUUGGUUUUGGUUUUGGUUUUUUUGGUUACCAAACAUAUAUUCAAUUUUGUAAAUACAUUAGACACGUUUAUUCAUUUCUAAUGUAGAAAUGGAUCAGAUGUAGGAUCAUUUUCAGGUAUUUUGAUGAUUAUCAAUUUUAUG